AUGUCUGAGUUGACGCUGGUCAAGGAGCUGCUGAAGCAGGACUCCAAUGUGGCGUUUCUGGCCGGCGGCAUCGCGGGCGCUGUGUCAAGAACGGUGGUCUCGCCCUUCGAGAGAGUGAAGAUCCUGCUGCAGGUGCAAAACACCACACAGGCCUACAACCAGGGGAUUUUCGGAGCCAUUGGGCAGGUGUAUCGAGAGGAAGGCUGGAAGGGUCUGUUUCGCGGUAACGGGCUAAACUGUAUCAGAAUUUUCCCGUACAGUGCUGUGCAGUUUGUGGUUUACGAAGCCUGCAAGAAGCACCUCUUUCACGUCGACUCCGUUCAACGCGGCGAGCAAUUGAAUAACUGGCAGCGGCUGCUCGGCGGGGCGCUGUGCGGCGGCGCCAGCGUGAUCGCCACGUACCCGCUGGACCUGGUCAGGACCCGACUGUCGAUCCAGACAGCAAACCUGCGCAAACUGAACAAAUCGAGAGUCUCGACGGCCAAGCCGCCCGGUAUUUGGGAGUUGCUUGUCAAGAUAUACAGGGAGGAGGGCCGGAUCCAGGCUCUUUACAGAGGAGUGUGGCCCACCAGUCUUGGCGUGGUCCCCUAUGUGGCCUUGAACUUCGCUGUCUACGAGCAGCUGAAAGAACUGGCGCCGGGCACCGAUCUGUCGCCACUCUACAAACUAGCAAUAGGAGCAAUCAGCGGCGGCGUUGCACAGACCGUCAUAUACCCGUUCGAUCUCUUGCGAAGAAGAUUCCAAGUCCUGGCAAUGGGUGGCAACGAGCUCGGAUUCUAUUAUUCCAGCGUCGCGGACGCUCUUACCACGAUCGGAAGGACCGAGGGCGUGGCCGGGUACUACAAGGGUCUCACAGCCAACCUUUUCAAGGUGAUCCCGUCGACGGCGGUGAGCUGGCUGGUUUACGAAGUGGUGUCAGACGCCAUGAGGUCCUGGUAG